GCGAGGGCAGUACAGGCCGGGCGGCCGCCACGGGAAGACAAGCAGUCAGCGCCAGAAGCAGCAGUCAGCACGGCGAACCCGUACCCCAUCAGCAUGGGCGUGCAGGACGGACCAGCCAUCGUGUCCGUCGAGUUUGAGGUCUUCGGACAGGUGCAAGGUGUCUACUUCACCAAAUACUGCCGCGACAUGUGCGUGCAGUUGGGGAUCGGUGGCUGGGUGAAGAACACCAAAAACGGAACCAUCGUUGGCAAAAUACAGGGUCCGCGGAUUGCUGUGGAACAUAUGGUUCAAUGGUUAUCUAAGACUGGUAGUCCCGGAGCAAAGAUUGACCGCUGUGAAUUCAAAAACUGGGAGUUCCUGGCAAGACAAGAUUUCAGAGGAUUUAGUAUCAGAUUCUGAGUGUUUUAAAAUCACACCAAGAAGAAAAAUAUGCAAAACUUCUGUUUGCAUGUCUAAAUUCCUUUCUUUUCACAGUGCUGAUGUCUUAAUUUUACAUCAACAGAAACAUUAAUUCAUGCAUAUUUACACGUCAUCCUCCAACUUCAUGCUUGACCUGAACCAUUCACACCACGUAAGUGUACACAAAUAUAAAUAAAACUUUCUUGAUGAUUAAAUCAAAAAUACACACAACUUAUGCAAGAAGUACCUUUACUUGCAAACAUAAUAUGCAAAAAAGACAUCAGCAGACCAAUAGUACAUGUAACUGCCAAAUUGUACCUUAAUUUUUGAGAAUUAAAGUAUUUUAUGUGUUUUUGUUAAA